CGUGUAGAUAGACUAAACUAUAGUCAAAGUUUAUAACGGUGUAGGUAUAUAUAACAUGGCUAUGAAUAAGACAAGUUUUCAUCUGUUUAUAUUAACUGUGUUAUGUCUGUGUUGUAUUCAUGGCAAGAAACCUCAUAUUGUAUUUAUUGUAGCUGAUGACUUGGGCUGGAAUGAUGUCGGCUACCACAACCCCUCCAUGAUAACCCCUAAUAUAGAUAAAUUAGCCAGAGAAGGUGUGAUUUUAAACCAAUCAUAUGUCCAGCCUUUAUGCAGCCCUUCACGAAGUUCUUUCAUGAGUGGUUACUAUCCCUUCAGGACAGGUUUACAGCAUUUAGUUAUUUUGGCGUUUCAACCUGUCUGUUUACCGUUAAAUAUAACCAUCUUACCACAGGAGUUGAAGAAUUUGGGAUAUGCAACUCACAUGGUUGGAAAAUGGCAUCUUGGUUUUUGUAAAUGGGAAUGUACACCAACGUACCGUGGUUUUGAUUCGUAUUUUGGUUAUUACAAUGCUCGGGAAUUUUAUUACAACCAUACACUUAAUAUGUUUUUUCCAGGUGAUUAUUUAGAUUAUAGAGAUGGCAAGGCUGUAGUAAAGGAUCAAGAUGGUGUCUAUUCCACGUAUGCUUUUGCCAAGAGAGCUGAAUCCAUCAUAUCUGAUCAUAAUGCCAGUGAACCGUUAUUUCUAUAUUUACCAUUUCAAGCUGUUCACGAACCAAUAGAGGUACCUGUUCAAUACGAACAAAUGUAUCCCAAUAUUCAAAAUGAAGGUCGUAGAAAAUUCUGUGGAAUGGUAUCAGCUCUAGAUGAGGCUAUUGGGAAUGUCACCCUAGCUCUAAAAGACAAAGGAAUAUAUAAUGAUACCAUCAUUUUAUUUACCUCUGACAAUGGUGGUUGGGUUCCUCACCAUGGAAACAACUAUCCGUUAAGAGGUGGUAAAUUUACUAUAUAUGAAGGGGGUACAAGAGGAGCAGCGUUUAUACAUGGUGCUGGUUUACAGAAUACAGGACGAACCUACGACGGAUUAAUACACGCCAUUGAUUGGUUACCAACAUUAGUGGGUGCUGCCGGUGGUGGAAUUAAUGGUCGUGAUGGUCAGAACUUAUGGCCGUCAAUAAGUACCGGAAGAGGUGAAGAGAGAUCAGAAUUUGUUUAUAAUUUAGAUGACAGUCUUAUCGCUGAAGAAGGUCAUGCUGCUAUUAGAAUGGGCGAUUAUAAAUUGGUUGAAGGUUACCCUGGUCUGUAUCCAGGUUGGUAUAAACCUGAAACAGAGUUGCCUCCCCUUACCCAAGAACAAUCUGCAGCGAUGGCAUCAGAGAAUUAUAAUGCCUAUACCUAUCAAUUAUUUAAUAUUAAAGAUGAUCCAACAGAGCAUAAUGACGUAUCACAGAAAUACCCGGAUAUAGUGGAGAAAUUAAAGGCUCGUCUUGACGACUACAGGAAGGAAAGUGUCAAACCAAAUUAUCCAUUUUUACCUGAUACAAAGAGUGAUCCAACUAAUUUUAAUAAUGUUUGGUCUCCAGGCUGGUGUUGAUUAUAAGUAAAAAUAUAAUUUAUACAAUGUAAAACUCUGUUUUAUUUAUCCUGUUUUUUGUUAUGGUGUCGCCAGCGUAAAAAAAUUUUACCAAAAAAAGCCCAUUUCUGAAAUUGGUUUUCCUGUUCCUGAAAUAGGUUAACAUAAACACAUAACGGAAUAAUGAGAACAAGAGCAACACGUAGCUAAUGUUAAAACAAGCCGUAGUUUUAUUGACAGCUGCAUAAAAUAAUAUAUAAUAAUACGAAUAUAUGUAGAUAUACAUUAUACUUAAAACGUGUAGA